CUUUCUCUUCCUCCUUCUUUUUCUCUUUCUCUUUCUCUUUCUCUUUCUCUUUCUCUUUCUCUCUUUCUUCGCGAACGCGCGUGAAUCGUUUCAAGAAAAUAUUCGAGUAGCGCGACGAGUAGAAAAUUUUUCAAUGCGCAAUACAUUCAAGUGCUAAUUACACUUUCAAAUUUACUUAUUAUCGCUGGUACAAAAAACGCGAAAUAUGUCUGGUAUUUCGUACCUCGUAACAGAGAAGUUCAUUUAUUCGGUUUACUACAUGAAACGAGAUAUCAAGAACAGAUGGCGUUAGGUUUUGAUGCGAAUGGAUAGAGUUUGUCCGAAGAACAAUAGAGGCAUCAUAGUUAGUGGUAGAAGCAAAAACAGUCAUGAAGUUUAUCAUGGAGAUUGUUUGUUUGAAUAUGUGACGUGAUAUAUACAAUAACGUUGCACAGUAUUGUCAGAAUGACGUUCAUGUUCUAUCCUUGCAAAAGAGUACUUUAAACCCGAUGUCAUUAAAAAGAAUACACUUUUGUUUACUACGCAGAUAAAUUAGAUUAAAAAUGGCUGAUGUCAGAUUGCUUAUACAAGAAGAAGGUCGUGCAGCAAGAAAUCUAAUUGCUUUUAAUGUACCAGUUGGUACAAAUAAUACAGAGAAAGUAACAAGGAAACCACCUAGUGUACCAAGAGUGGUUCAAUCUGGAUCUAUGAAGAGAACUAUGAAACCAGCCUCCAGAGUGAGAUCGGCUUCCACUGGUCGAGACAAAAAGUCUGAAUUACAAGCUCGAUAUUGGGCUUUUCUAUUUGGAAAUUUACAAAGAGCGGUAGACGGUAUAUAUCAAACGUGCGAAGAAGAUGAAAAUAUUUCUGAAUGCAAGGAAGUAAUUUUAGUGUUGGAAAAUUAUACAAAAGACUUCCAUAAUUUAAUAGAAUGGUUCAAAGUUAAAUGGGCGUAUGAAAAUUCUCCACCACCAUUAAGGCGUACGCCUUUGGCUUGGGAAGUAAGGAAGACUUCCCCUUGUCGUAUUUGGAAUUCAACUAUAAUUCCAAAAUCGACUAGCCCUUUACAAAGGAUAAGUCCGCCAGAAUCCACAUGCAGAAGUCCUAUCGAUCAAGUUAUUUCAGAGAUAAAACCCAUGGUUACAGACAAUAAAAUAAAUCAUAUAAAAGAGGAAUCGUUACAUAAAAUAAUAAAGGAUAAUAAGAAUAACGUCUCUAAAAACAAUUCGACAAAUAUUAAAGAAAAAAGGAAGAAUGUGAUAGAGAGAGGUAUGAAUCAAUCGUCCAACAAAGAAAGAUGCAUAGCAUCCAAAACUAUUAAUAAAGCUCUUGUAAAACCUGCAACAAAUGCAAAAGCUAAUGGAAAUAGUUUAAUAGAUAAUAAAGCAACAAGCGAAGAUGCAUGUGAUUCUAAAAAUAAGGCAGAUACAAGAAACAUUGCAAAACAAAGUAAAAAUUCAUCACAAAAUGUAAGUACUUUGAAAACAUCGGAUUCGAAUUUAGCGAUUGAGAAACAAACUUGUAUUAAUAAUAAAAAUGUGAAAUCAAGUAUCUAUCAAAACGUGGAAUCGAUGGAUAAGACGAUUAAGGAGAAUGAAACAAAUGGUAAGCUUAGCGAUCGAAGUAAAUCAGAGAUUACAUUGAUACCUAAUAAAAAGAACACAGAAUUGAGAAAAAAUGAUAUUAAUACCAAAGGUACUAAACAGAAUAUAGACAAUAACGAAAGUAAAAUCAUUAUAGAAAAUGUAAACGUGGAUAAUAAGAUGAUACAAGUUAACAAUAAAUUGCAAACACAAAAUAUCGAUACGACGGUAGCCUCAAAAAACGCAAAAAAUACGAUAGAAUCGAAUAAAAUAAAGCAGAAAACAAAUAAGCAAUGUAUAAAUGCUGACAAAAUAGAUAAUAAAUUAAUUACAAAAUAUUCGAACAAAGAAGCGCAUAAUACGAACCAAGCUGCAUAUUCAACGGUAUCAUCGCGUAGACGAUCUAAUGAACAAACAACAAAUUUAUCAGAAACACCUAAAUUCACCAGAAGUAAAACAACUUUGAGCGACAGAACCGUAUCAUCUGCAAAUAAAGCCAGACCAGGAACAUCUGUUAUAAUCAGACGUCGACCUCAACAAUUGGAGAGGAAGGGCAAUGAGAGUUUGUCGAAGAAAACUCAAGAUAACGAUAUAAACGGUUCGGUAGAAGUAUUAACGAAACAAACGAGUAACGUUAAACCUAAAGACGAAGGUGAUGGCUGGCAAACGGUUCGAAGUCGUUAUAGAAGAGGGAGUACUCACAAUUUAAAUAUGUCGACACGUUUUCAUAAACCAAGUACAGCUACAUCCUUGCCAGCUUUAUCCAUAGAAAGUCCUUCCGAACGAAAUAAGAAGAAUUGUUUUACACCCGAUGGGAAUAAACAAAAGAAAAAGUGUGUGGUAGGGAAAGCUGGGAAAAAUAUAAACAACGAGGUGGAGAAAGUCAAAGGAGAAUCUGUUUUAAAUGGUAACAAAGUUAAAACCGCUUGGGAUAGCAACGUCAAGAAGACUCCUGCAUUGUCGAUAAACGAUACCAAUUCUACAUCGAUGAUCGCAGCAAUUUUCAAAAGCGAUGCUGAGUUACUUGAAAAACGUAUACAACAGUUCAUGGCCGCUCAAGCUGAAAGAGAACGGAUCAUUUUAGAAGAGGAAAGGAAGACCGAAGAAGCGGAUUCUCAAAGAUCCCAACAAUUGUCGGACGAGGAAGCUUCUUUGCAAAGGCAAAUUUUAGAAUUAGAAUCUACCGAUAUCGACAUUGACACUGAAACCGAUGAAACCGAUGGAGAAAUGGUUCUUGAGAUAGAGGACGAGCAAUCGGUAGUAAUCGAUGCUGUCUCCGACGAUAUCAGUUUAGAAGAUAGAUACGAAAAUAUGUUGGAAGGUAUGUCAUGGGCAGAACGAGUCGAUGUUCUUGCGCAGUUACAAGCACUCGUUGCACGUCAUCCUGGACGAGCUCUCGAGCUACAUCAAAAGUUAUCCUCACCGUCUAGAAAACGAUCCUUGCCCGAAACUUUACGUAGAUAUCAAGCGAAACAGGCAUGUGCUCAACACAAACGUCAAAAAUUAUUGAUGGAAAAGUCGCAAAGAUUGAGGGAAUUAUUGAACAAGGUCGAGGAUGUGAAGAGUGCAAAAAAUCAAUUGAUAGAAGACAAGAGAAUCAGAAUGGAGAUGAAACUUAAGAGAGCGGAGGAAAAUAGAACGCAGCAUUUAUUGGAGAUAGUAAGGAAAGCUCACGAUGAGGAUUCGAAGUUAAAAGAAAUCGCUUUUAUCAAUGAACUCGAAGCACAAAACAAACGACAUGAUUUUAUGGCGUUGUGUCAGGAACAAGAGGAAAGAUUGCAGGGUAUACAAGAGGAACGUCAAAGACGUCAGGAAGAGAAAGCUGCGAAAGAAGCUGCCGCUGAGGAACGUAGAAGAGCUUUGGAAGCUGAGAGACAAUUGCGUAUACAAAAGAUGAAACAAGCUAGACGUGAACGAGAAGAGAGAGUUGGUAAAAUGCAACUUGAAAGAGUGAAAGAACGUCAAGAACUAGCAAGAGAAAAAGCUAGAGAUCGGGAAGAAAGAUUGUCGGCACUUCACGCGGCUCAGUUAGCUAAUCAAGAGGAAUUACAAAAAAAGAUAGCUCACAAGCAGCAAGAAUCAGCUAGACGGCACGUUGAAAAUAUAGAACAUAUUCGUCAAAGAGCCGUCGAGUCCUCUAUUUUAAGAUCGGAAGAAGUUCCACCCACUCUCAAAUCUUAUCCUAUUCAAAAGCAAUGUUCACUCUGCGGUACACACAUUACGAACGAGGUAUAUCUCCUGAGUCAUUUGAAAGGGAAAACUCAUCUCGAAGCUGUACGUAACGCACACGAUGGUAGAGAACCAUCGAGAGACGAACUUCAACGAUUCAAUAUAGCUCAAAUACGUGACGUUUCGACGCCAACAUCCAAUAGUACUAGCUCGAACGUCGUUAAUAAAGCGUUGAAGGAAAAACAAAAGGCAUUGAAACGUCGUUGUAGGAAAAUAAAACAACGUAUUACUUCUCGCGGUCAUGAAUGGGAAAACGCACAGAAAAACGAGAGUCUUCCUUUGGUUGUCCUCGAGUCUACGAACAAAGUAAAGUUUCGACGGAAUUUAAAGGAAUUGGAUAGAUUGUAUAAUUAUUUGAAAAGCGCUGGCUCCAGUAUCGCCGUUGCUACUUUGGAACGUUGUUUCGGUGAAAUUGCUAGAGCUUUGUCGAAAUCGUGUCCUUUUGAUCAAGACGUGUUAAGGUCCUUAAACGGAUUCGACAUUUUUACAAAUCUAUUAAGUUUAAGCUUAAACGUUCAAAAUUCGUCGCACUGCUUACCUAAUAAGAGCAUAAUCUCGCUGUGCAAAGUGUACAAGUCUGGUAUAAGCGGGAAUGCAAACAACAUCGAAGUGAUUCUAUCGAGCAACAAGGUUCUCGUGAUUUUGGAUCUUCUUUUACAACGUUUAGAGACUCUCACGGAUUUGGACGAUCACAUACAGGCGCAGGAAACACUCGGUAAUUCGACGGGAAAUAGUAUCGUUGCCUCUGGAAUGGCACAGUUGUUCUGUAGUUUGAUCCCCGAAGAGCCCUUCGAGAAGUCAACGUUACAAAGUCGAGUGCAGGAUAUUGCUGGAUAUUUGAUAGCAGGCGGACUGGUCGAGAAAGUCUCGCUUCACAGUCGUGCACUGAUAGAAGCAGAUUUCUUUUUGGAUCAAGAACACGAGUCACCUUUGUUGUUGGCGUCCUUCGAUCUACUCACACGUAUCUGUUAUCAUUUGAAACGUUCGAUCACUCCUGACAAUCCAGUUCAUAAUAGUAAUAACAAUAAUAACAAUAACAAUAACAAUAACAAUAAUAAUAAUAAUAAUAACAAUAAUAAUAAUAAUAAUAAUAAUAACAACAAUAAUAAUAAUAACAACAACGAGAAUAACGAGCAAACCACAAGCACGGAGACACAUCUCAUAUCGAGCUUGUUUACAACGGAAGCAGCUGGUGCAAUUGGUGCACUUUAUGCAGCAGUUGCUUUGAAUACGUUCAAUCAAAAGGGAUCUUCACCUACGCCGAAUCAAACGAUGCCUUCGAUAGCCACGAGAAUGUUGAUAAUACGUGGACUACGAUUACUCAAGGCUUUCGCUGAACUAGAUCUUCAGAGGUUCCAGAAUCUUCUUGGAUCAGAAGGAACGAGUCUACAAUGGCGACUGAUAGCGAGCCAAGUGAUAACCCGUCUAUCACGAGAUCCGCUAACAGAAAAAUCAACAUCUGGUACUUCUGGUAACCAAAACACGAGUGGUACCUACAUCCUAUCCGAAUUGUUCACCGUUCUCGGAUAUUUCGCUGUUAACAAUACGGAAAAUCAGUUGAUCCUCCAAUCAGCUGGUGCUGGACCAAGCGUUCUCCAACAAUUUUGUACAUUACCCUUCCCAUUUUAUGGUGAUCCAAGAUUAACGCCGUACACAUUACCGGCAUUACUGGCAGCUACGCAUUGCAAUCCAGAGGCAAAGGCCAUUCUCUCGUGUGAAUUAUCUUAUCAGCUUCUGGAGGAGUACAGAAACUCCGAGGAAGGUAAACUGAAUCCUCUGGUACGUUUACUGAAGGAUCCUUCUAGUCCUUGAUAUCGAGAAGGGUUUUGAUUAGUUUGCUUUUCUAUUCAUUAGGAUAUAGAAAAAUAUAGAAAAUAAUCGUAACCGAGAUGCUUCUUUCGUUCGUUAUCGUAUCAAAUGUAAUUCCAUUCAUUUUUUCGACGAUAGAAUUGCGAAUCUCUCUCUUUUUCUUUCUCUCUCUUUUCUCUUUCUUUCGCACGUGAGAAUAUUUAAUAACGAUAAUAAUAAUAUAAUAAUAAUAUAAUAUAAUAUAAUAAUAGUACGAUAUAUUAUACAUAUAUAUAUAUGUUACUUGCACUCACGAUCAUAAUCGUUUCGCGAGUUUCAGUAAGUCUUAAGGCUGGUUCCUAGAGACAAAAAAUUUGUUUCAUUAAUUCAAUCGUCAUACGUAUUAUUAUAAUUUUUCUUUAUAUAUGUGUGUUCAUUAAUCAUACAUAUUCAUUUGCCUCAUCGAUAUAUUAAUAGUCUUCUAAUAUAAUUAACGCGUUACUUAACCGUUAGAAAGAAAUUCUUUGUGCCACGCGUUUUAAGGACGAUUUUUUCGUUUGUUUCUUUAUUUAUUUUCUUUUUUCAUUAUUUUUUUCUUUACGUCUUCGUCGCACACACGAUUUAAAUGAACGUAAUUAUUUAUACGCUUCGAUGGCUACGACGCUGCCUGUGAAAUAUUAGAAAAAUGAAAAGAAAAAAAAAAAAAUGAAAAAAGCUGAUAAAAUAAAAUCGAUAAAAUCAAAUAAAAAACAAACGAACGAACGAACGAACAAAACAAAAAGCAACAAAUAAAAAGAAAAUCGGAGAAAAUUGAAACGAGACGAAAAAAAAAAACGCUUCGACAGAUUUAGCGCGAUAGAAGGGAUGAUAGUAAAUUAAUUACGAAAUUUCUUUUUGCGGGAUACAAAAUUCAACGAGUUCGAUUUGAACAGUUUCAAAGGGGAAAAAGAAAAACAAAAUAAAGAAAAAUAAAAAAGAAAAAGAAAGGAAAAGCAAUAUAUAUAUAUAUAUAUAUAUAUAUAUAUAUAUAAAAAAUGAUUCUAAACGUAUUUCGCGCGUUCAGAAGAUCUAUCUUUUAAACUUGAAAAGAUUAAACGAAAAUAUAAAACGCAAAACAGAAGAAACGACAAAUGUGAUUUUUUUUUUUUCAUUUGAAUAUCGUUAGAAUCGAGCUCGUACAUUUUUGAAUCUAGUCCUUUAUCACAGCUGACGAUUGAACGUCAUUUAGACGUUACAUAGCAGUAUAUAGAAAUAUAUACAUAGGUAUUAUAUACAUAUAUUAUAUAUGACGCAUUGGUACAUACAUAUUUCCUUAUUUAAUCCGCUUUUUUAUGGUCGAAUAAAAUACGAGAAGAGUGAAGGAUGUGUCUUCUAACUAAUAAUAAAAAUAAUAAUAAUAAUAAUAAAUAAUAAUAAUAACAAUAAUAUUAAUAAUAAUAAUAAUAAUAAUAAUAAUAAUAAUAAUAAUAAUAAUAAUAAUAAUGCAGGAGCCUUCUAAAAAUUGAUUUCUAUUAAUAUUAUAACGAUAUGUAUUAGAGAGAUUUUCUUAGAUAAUAGAUUAUUAGAUAAAACUCUUUUUGCGUGCGAGUGUUAACCACGUUAACUGUACCGGCGAUGGCUGAUGAUGUGAAAAUAUUUAUAUUGUUUAUUAUCAUUAUUAUUUAAUAUCUUUAUUAAUUAUCAAUUAAUUUAAUUUCUUUUUUCUCUCCUUGUUAUAUUGUUGAUAAUAUAUUUUCUUCUUUUCAUUAUUAUUCUCUCUCUCUCUUUUUUUUUUAUUAUUAUUAUUUUUCCUCUAUAUAAAUCUAAUCGCUUGACGUUGCGAUCAUGGCUUAAAGUUAUAUUUCGUUCGUUGUAUUUCUAAAAGGAAAAAAGAAAAGAAAAGAAAAAAAAAAAAAAGUUGCGCGAUGUGAUGAUUCGUUUUUUUUUUUUUUUCUUUUUUUGUUUACUUUUCUUUUUUAUCUUUAAAAAAAAAAGAAAGAAAAAAGAAAACAAAUAAGUGCAAUAUUUUUCCUUUAUUUAUGUUGAAUUAAAUUAAUUGUUAAAUACGAACUAAUAAACGAACAAAGAAGGAUUUGAUUUAAAUGAUAACUUAAUCCAAGAGAUAUGAGUACUUAUUUAUAUUAUACAUAUAUUUAUAUAUUAUAUAUAUAUAUAGAUAUAUGUAUGUAUAUGUAUCUGGUACUAGUUUUCGUGGAAAGUAACAAACGCACCAGUGCAAUGUCCUGCCAAUGCAAUAAUUUACGCGAGUAUUAUACUAAAUAUAUGUGCAUAUAUAUAUAUGUAUAUAUAUAUAUAUAUAAUAUAUGUAUACGUAUAUAUGUACAUAUAUAUACGUAUUAGCGAUUAUUAUAUAGUAAUGUAUUAAUGCAUGAAGAGAUGUUGAAAUUCACGUGAAACAUAAGCACGAAUUUUCACUCAACAAUUUAAUAUAUACGUACACACAUACACAAACACAUACUAUUAUAAACAUAUAAUAUUAUAAUUACACACGAACACAUACAUACGAUUAAGCGUAAUAUAGCGUAAAUUUAUUGAUGAUAAAUUUUGUAAAGCUUAGCGAUUUGAUAUAUAUACAAGAAAAAGGGCGAUCGACUUUUGGUCUCCUCAAAAAAUUAUAAUAACAAUAAUAAUAAUAAUAAUAAUAAUAAUAAUAAUAAUAAUAAUAAUAAUAAUAAUAACAAUAUUAAUAAUAUUAUUAUUAUUAUUAUAAUCGAGUGUGUAUAGUUUCUGCACGAUUUGCGAUUAAUGAAAAUGGUAUUUUUCUAUGAUAGCUAAUUAAAAAGUGUUGCUGUAUAAUCUCGUUCGUGUCGUGUAAAAGGUAACGAGUAUAAUCGAGUCAAUGUGAGAGUAUUUAUUCGAUUUUUUUUCGAUAUAUAUAUGUAUAUGUAUAUAUAUAUAUUUUUUCAAAUCUUGGAAGAUCGAUUUUUUUUCUAUAAACAAAUAAAAAUUCAAUUUUUUUAAAAUCACAUAUAAGGUUGUGCAACUUUGAAUUUAUUAUAUAUUACGUAUUUAUUAAAUUUGCUUUUCAUUCUGUUGUCAAAAAAUUUAUUAUUCUUAUUUCGUUGUAUUUAUCCAAAGUGUUUAUUAUAUAUAUAUAUAUAUUUGUUUUUAUUAUAUCAAUUAUAUAAUGAAUAAUCGGUAUAAAGUGAUAUAAUUAUGUUGUACUAGGAACAAAAUUUUUUUUUUCCGUAUUUUUUUCCUUACAGUUAGUAUUAUAUAAUUAUACUAAUACAUAUAAAUAAAUUAUACGAUAUUUACAUAUACUGGUAAUAUUAUUGCAUAAUUAUUAUAUACUUACACUAUAUACUAGUAAUAUUUUGCUUAUAGUAUAUAUAUAUAUAUAUAUAUAUAUAUAUUAGAUAAUAAUAUAAUAAUAAUUAUUAUAAUUAAAUAUUAGUAUAAUUAUAUUAUACUACUUUUACAUUACAUAAUUCCUUUUUUUUUAAACACCUACAAUUACAAUUGAUUUAUAGAAGAUUAAUUAAAAAUUGUAUUUUACACACACACACACACACAUAUGUGAAAUAAUUGAAUAUUUACUCUCUAUAUUGCAUACUCAAAAAAAAAAAAAUUGCAAAACUUUGACCAUAUAAAUCGAUCGUCGUUAUCUUUCGUCCGUUGCUUUCGAGAUCGUGAUAAUUCCAUCUGCCUUUUUUUGCAUUAACAAAUAAUUAAUAGAAAUAGUCCAUUUAGGUAAAUCUACAUUCGAAUAUGUAGCCACGUAAUAUUCAGAAUAAAAAAAAAAAAAUAGGAAGAAUUAAUAGUGUAAUACAUAUACGUACAUACAAAAUAUCUAAGUUUAAUAAUCAUUUAGAUUUAUCUAUUUUCAAUCGUCUUUCGAAGAAGAUACAUUGUAGAAAGUGAUUUUAAUUCAAGAAUUAUGAUCAGAGCAAUCGCACAAUCUUGAUUUUGUUUUUGUUUAAUUCUUUCUUUUUUUAUUUCCUUUCCUUUUUCUUUUUUUUUUUUGUUUUGUUUUGUUUUCUUUUUUCAUUCACGUAAAUUGCUCGAUUAAUCCAAUAGUUCUUGAAAAAAAAAAGAAUAGAAAGAAAAAAAUUGCUUUCUAAUUACAAUUAGAUAAUUAUUGUACGACGAUGUUUUAGAUAAUUAUUCGACGACGAUGAUGUUUUAAAUAUGUUUUAGAAAAUUCUUCGACAAGCGAGAGAUGUUCGUUCGGAAAUGAGUCAAAUAUUAUUUCCCAAUUGUUACUCUAAUUCUUAACGUUUUGAAAUUUUCUAUAAACUUACUUUUUCCUCGUACUUAUCUCGCUAAUGCAAUGAUAUACAUAUAUUCGACUCGAGUUCUUCAGAAUGAUAUUUUUCUCAAAUCCGAAUCGUAAAAAAUACUAUGACAGAUCCAAAAGAUCCAUGUAAUUGUAAAACGAGAAAGGAAGUAAAGAAUAUGUUUCACGAAACAUACCAUGAAAAUAUUUCGUAUAAUUUAAAAAUAAAUAAAUAAAUAAAAGAAAGAGAAAAGAAAAAAAGGAGAAGAAGAAAUAAAGGAUCUCACACACAUCGGAUCUUCGAGUACGAUCGGUUGCGUAAACGAAGCGUCGAUGCGAAAAAAAAUAGUAAAAAUUAAUUAAAUGAUAAUAAUAAAUAAACAAAUAGAUAAAAGGAAAACACAAAAAAAAAAUAAAAAAUAAAAAAAAGUGAAAGAAAGAUUGAAGGCAAAUAAAGAAUAAAAUUUUUGUGUAUUCCCAUUUUUUAUUUUAUUUCAUUUUACUUUACUUUACUUUACUUUAUUUUAUUUUAUUUUAUUUCAUUUCGUUUGAAGAAAAAUAACUGAAAAUAUUACAAACACCAUAAAAAAAAUAUUACGUAUGGUGUAAUGUAAAAGUCGAAGAAGAAGAAGGAUCUCAGGCUUACCGGAUCUUCGAGUAAACGGUAUGAAAAAGAAAUAGUAAAAAAUAAUUAAAUAAUAAUAGCAAUAAUAAUAACAAUAAUAAUAGUAAUAAUGAUGAUAAAACAAACGAACAAAAACUGAAGAUAAACAAAAACCAAAAUUGUUUCAAAACAUUUCGUCGUAAUAUUUUAAAAGAAUCUGAGAAAAUAAAAGUGAGAGCUAAUCCUGA